AUGGUGUCGUCAAUUCACAUCGUUUACGUGUUUGAUUGAAAAUAGAUGUUAUGAAAAUUGUCACAUUUAAAAUAAAGGAAUGUCUUUGUAAAACAAAAAAUGUUCUUAAAUUGACCCUGAAAUAAUGUGAAGUGAUUUGAAAUUCAUAAAAAUAAUAUGUAAAAUUUUAAAGAGUUUUAAAAGUACAAAUGAAAUUUUGUGUUUAAUAAAGUGAAAACGCAAUUGCUACGAAUGAACCUCAAAGCAAAUGAAAAAAAUUCGAUAGAAAAUAUUUUGAACAAACUAAAUAUCUGAUAGCUAAAUAAUUAUAGUGUGCGGUAAAUAGAAAACGUUAACAAACAACGUACUUUGAACUGUGUAAAUAACAGAGUCCAAAUAAAACUAAAAUUUGGUUCUGGUGGAAAUUGGUAAAAACACGCCCACUAUCGAAAACAUUUGAAGUGUAUAUGAAAGAAAAAGAUGUCUGGCCAACGUGUCAAUUUAAAUGCUGCCGAAAAGGAUGUGGAGAAGUUUAUAAAAUUUUUAGCGCUGAAGUCUACUCAAGUUGUAGUGCAGUCGCGCUUGGGUGAGAAGAUACAGACCCCAUGUAAUCCUUUGGCUACUGGUAGUGAUUGGUUUAAUAUAGUUAUUCAAGACCAUCCUGAUAUAUAUGCCGAGACAAAGCGUGCAUUAUCGUUGGAGCCCGGCCAAAGUAUACUAAAGCGACUGCCUUUGUGUGUAGAAAUUUCCUUACGCACAGUAGAGGGAGAUCAAAUGGUAUUAGAAGUAUGGUCAUUGGACAUUCAAUUACCUGGAUGUCACAAAAAUUGUAAAGAUGAUAUAUGUGAAGUUCUCAUAAAAAACGUUGAAAACGGAAAAGGCGUUGUUAUGAAUGGGACUGGUGCGCCUAUGUCAGAGCAGCAGACAUUAAAAGCGGCACAUGCCAUUUAUAAUCGUAUGGGUAUUCUACUAAAGUCACUAAUUUCUUUGACACGAGCCACUCCUGGUUAUAAAUUGUCACGACGUCAAUGUCCAGAAGCAUAUGGAAUUUACUAUCGUAUUUACGUCGAUCGGCCACAGUUACAUACUUUGGGUGAAGGUCAUAAAAAUGUUAAAAUCGGCCAACUAAAUACUAUUGUUGGUACGUUAAGUAUGUCCGUUUCUUAUCGAACUAAAAUGACCAUUACCCCUACCACCUCAGAGGGUCACAAUGGAGAAUCAAAUCAAAUUAUGCUAAAAUCUGACCAUUUUCGACGUGGCGAUUCUUCUCCUACUCAAAAUUUGUCUAUCGCAGGACUGAAAAGAGGCACAGGAGUUAAUGGCGAAAAGAAAAUAAUUGAUAUUGAGAAGCCUCUGCGGCCAGGAGCCUUUACCGAUGUUGGUAAAUUGCGGCAGUGGACUGAAAAAGACUAUAUUUUGCCAGAAACUCCUCCAUUCGAAUGGUUGUUGCGACGCCCACGACAGGAAAGCGGAGGUUCUGUUGGUUCGGUAGAGUCCUUAAAUAAAAAGAGCGAUGGUAGCAUUUCUGCACCUACUUCUGGUAAUGGGCCAGAACAGACUGUUCAAAAUAAUAAUGCUGUAAUUGGAAAUAAAACUAACAAUAGUUCCCAGGCAAAUAAUAACAACAACGUUAUUGCUUUUAAGAGCUUAGAGAAUGGGCAAAAUGGCUUACAAGCGAAGUCAUCUGCCGCUAAUUCAGCACUCUCGCAGUCGCCUAUGAAAAGUCUGCUUAUACCCGCCCCUACGUCUUCCCGCAAUAACGCAAUGAAAAAUCGGCCCGAAGAUGAUAACCUUCUCAAAGAAUUAAAUUUUCCUUUUGCGUUACCAAAUUCACAUGUCAAUGAUUUGGCGAAGUUUUACCGUGAUUGUUAUCACGCACCACCACUUCUUGGACUGAACGAAACUCAAACGGAUGUAGCGGUAGAACAAUUAGAGGAAUUUGAAACAUCCUUAGAAGACUACGAUGAACUAGUUUUACAGCUUGGACUAAGCACAUCAACAUCGACGGGUAGCCGGAGUAGUGGGGGUUUGCAAAUGAGUAACUAAUAUCUACGAAUAUUUACGAUUAUUCCAUGGAUACUAUUGUAAGCGUAUAAGUAGGUAGAUAGGUAAAGUUUACAGUCAAGGAUAUACAUAUUCAACAUGAUCAAUUGUCUAGGCUUGAAUUUCUUUUAUUUGCUUAAUUUGCUUUUAUGUUAUUCAACAAAGAGUUUACAGUUAUAUAACGUAUGUAAAUAUAUGAUAAUAUUUAUUAAGCAUAAUAAUUUGGUAACUGUAAAAAUCUACAAAUUUGGAAAUAAUCAUAUGCAUAAAGCAUUAUUAGAAUGUUUUUAAUAUUAAAAUUUUGAUAGUUUUGAUAGUUUAAUAAUUAAAUAAAUAUUAGGUUUCCUAAUAAGAAUGUCGCAUUAAAUAAAGUAACUAGAAGUAAGAAACGUUACUAACAAUUAUCAAACAGGUACCAAUAUUUAUGGUAUUAUUUGUAAAGAAAUUUUAAUUUAUAACAAAAUUUGUAAUCUAUGCAGUAAAGUAAUCUGCAGUAUUGUUUAGUGCCUUUUUAACUAGUAUUUGUCUUACGAAUAUUCCAUUACUUUGAAAUUGGAGUCAAAAAUUGUAUUCUUAAUAUAAGUACAUUUUAUAUGUGACAGUUUUAAAAUCCUUGUAAUCGAAAGCGUCAGAGUGCAUCCAAUAGACUGGUGUUUGCAUAAUUAUUGGGAGUUUCGUUUAAGUAAUGACAGUUCAAAGUUAUUUCGGCAAGCAUACAUAUGUACAUACGCUCAUCUAUGCAUAUAUAUAUAUACAUACAAAUAUACAAAAUCGAAAAAAUGCA